AUGGCCGACGAAUCAACAACAGGUCAAACUACCCCACUCCUUCGCCGCCGUCAAUGGUGGCGAAACGACGUGUUUAGCUUCCACCCCUUGUCAACCACUGUCCGCCUCAAGACUUCCCUGUCCUCCGAGCUCAGUGGAGCCGUCGGCGACUUGGGUACCUAUAUUCCGAUCGUCUUGGCACUUACUCUGGUUUGCAACCUUGAUCUGAGCACCACCCUCAUCUUCACCGCAAUUUACAACAUAGCCACCGGAAUCCUCUUCGGCGUUCCCAUGCCCGUUCAACCCAUGAAAUCAAUUGCCGCUGUUGCCGUUUCAGAAGCACCCCAUCUCACUGUUUCUCAAAUUGCAGCGGCCGGAAUCUGCACUGCCGGAACUCUUUUCAUUCUUGGCAUCACCGGACUUAUGUCGUUUUUCUACCGGUUUAUUCCUCUCCCCGUUGUUCGCGGUGUCCAGCUUUCUCAAGGUCUUGCCUUUGCAUUUUCUGCCAUUAAAUAUAUUCGGUACAAUCAGGAUUUUUCUGCCACCACUUCAACCAAAACUACUAGCCCUCGCCCUUGGCUUGGUCUUGAUGGAAUGAUUCUUGCGCUUUUUGGUUUGAUCUUUCUUGUUUUGACUACUGGGGAUGGUGGAGUUGUUGAAGAUGAAGAUGAAAAUGAUGAAGUUACUGUUACGACUAGGAUCAAUCGGAGGCGGAGGAUUUUGUCUGCUAUCCCGGCAGCUUUAAUUGUGUUUCUACUCGGUUUAGUUUUAUGUUUCUUGAGAGACCCUUCAAUUAUUCACCAGAUUAAAUUCGGCCCGUCAAAGAUUCAUGUCUUAAAAAUCACAUGGGAGGAUUGGAAAAUUGGGUUCCUGAGAGGUGCAAUUCCACAGAUUCCUUUGUCUAUAUUGAACUCGGUGAUUGCCGUGUGUAAAUUAUCAACAGACUUGUUUCCGGAAUUGAACGUUUCAGCCACACGGGUUUCUAUGAGUGUUGGAGUGAUGAAUUUGUUCGGGUGUUGGUUUGGGGCAAUGCCGGUGUGCCAUGGAGCUGGAGGACUAGCCGGGCAGUACAGAUUUGGGGGCCGGAGCGGUGCUUCGGUGGUGUUUCUGGGGUUAGGGAAAUUGAUUAUUGGAUUGGUAUUUGGGAACUAUUUUGUAAAAGUUCUGAGCCAAUUUCCCAUAGGGAUUUUAGGGGUGCUGUUGUUAUUUGCUGGGAUAGAGCUGGCUAUGGCUUCAAGGGAUAUGAACACAAAAGAAGAAUCUUUUGUGAUGUUGGUUUGUGCUGCUGUAUCACUCACUGGGUCUAGUGCAGCAUUGGGUUUUGGCUGUGGCAUUGUGUUGUUCUUGCUGUUGAAACUGAGACUGAUGGAUUGUUCUGGUUUGCCAUCUAUCUUCAGAAAGGAGUCUAAACCUGUUUCUGGCGAUGAAGAAUCUGGUCUCGUUCCUUGA